AUGGCGAGCAAGGCGAAAGCGGUCCCCACACGUUCCUCAACUCGGGCUAAACCCGCCGCGCAACCCACGACCACGACUCGAACGACCCGUGCUGCAGCAACGAAGACAGGCUCGGCGACUCCUGUGCCGACAGCCACAACGAAGAAGACCACAGCGAGGAAACCCUUGCUGAACAGGAACGCUUCACCCGAGAUUGCGUACCUCCGCAUUCGCCCUCACCUGGGAGAUGAUGAGCCUGCCUCCUCACCCUACCUAGAACAGCUCUCGGACACGGCCGUCCGGAUGACCGACCCAUCGCAAGACGAGAACACAAGCAAUCAAUCACACCGUUUCCGCCUCUCUGCCACCCCACCGUCUUCCAUAUAUACUUUCUCCCAUGUCUUCCCUAUCACCACCGCGCAGUCCGAAUUUUUCACCCACACAACCUUGCCUUUGGUACAAGACUUAUUGGAUGGACAGAAUGGCCUGUUGUUUGCGUAUGGGGUAACGAACUCGGGCAAGACGUAUACUGUUCAAGGAGGCAACACCCCAGGCAGUGCCGGAAUCCUGCCACGGACUUUGGAUGUUAUAUUUAACAGUAUAGACGGUCUUCACGCAGAUCACCGGUAUCGUCCUGUGCGUCUUCAGGGAAUCGAAGAUGCAGAUUAUGAUAUGAAGCCAACUACGCCGCGGUCAACCCCCACGCCUCCAAGUGAGCCCGCACUGGCCGACGUCCUAGCUGAAUACCUUGAGGAGCCCGCUGAAAUCGACGUCGAUCCGACCGCGCUCAAGCUCGACCGUAACUAUGAAUAUUCCGUCUGGAUGUCGUACGCCGAGGUGUACAACGAGAAGGCGUACGACCUAUUGCACACCGUUAACUGCGAUGAGUCUAGCACGGGCAAUAAGACUAUCCGACCCUCGUUCAUCCCUGCGUUGUCCAGUGCGAAUACAAAUUCGCUGCUGCUCACGAGGAAGGCUCUCCCUGUCAAACCGGCGCCGGCCGCUGAUUCCGGAGAUGCAUCAAGUGCAGGGAAAUACAUUGCAGGACUGCGUCAGCUGCGGGUUAACUCGGCGGCAGAAGCCAAAGCCUUGUUGAAACUAGGGCAACUGCAUAGACGCGUAUUCGGUACUUUAGCCAAUAGCCAGAGCAGCAGGAGCCAUGGCGUCGUGACUAUCAAGAUUCUCAGGAAUCACAGGGGCGAGAGGAAUGAUCCCACUGCCUAUCAAACCUCUCGACUAACGCUCGUUGACCUUGCCGGAUCGGAGCGUACCAAACACACCCACACCACGGGCGACCGCCUCAAGGAAGCUGGGAAUAUUAACAAGUCCCUCAUGGUCCUCGGUCAGUGCAUGGAAGUCAUGCGAGCCAACCAGAAGCGCAUCGCUCAGUCCCUGCAAGGAAAUGGGAGAAGUGAUACUCGGGAUGUCAAGCGGGCAUUGGCAGUCGUGCCCUUCAGGCAUAGCAAGUUGACGGAGAUCCUCAUGGACUAUUUUAUAGGCGAAGGGAGGGCGGUUAUGAUCGUCAACGUGAACCCGUAUGACACGGGCUACGAUGAGAACUCCCAUGUCAUGAAGUUCGCCGCCGUCGCUAGGGAAGUAUGUACGAAGCCCGUGCCGGCACCGCUGCAUCGCGCCCCCUCCCCGACAAAGAGAUCCCAGACUCCGUCUCAGAGCAGACCAGGAUUGUUGGGCGUGGGCUUCGCGCCCAACCGCAGGAAGGUGACGCUAUCGUCCGUUGGUGCAGACAGAAAGGUCAGCCAGACCCAGCUGGAAAUAGUCGAAGAGGACGAAGAAAUCGGCGAGCCCGGAGAAGAUGAUGAGGAUGAACCACUUGACCCUAUGGUAGACGCGCUGUUCGAGGAGAUAGAGAUUUUGCGGCUGCAGCUCGCCGAGUCCCAGUUACGCUCAGCAAUGAUAGAGGUUGAAACGCGGGAAGAAGUUAUGAAAGAGAUGGAUGAGAGAAUGAAGAACAUGGAAGCCAUGUUCUCCAGGAGAUUGAUGAAUGAGAUUGCACGCAACGAGAUGAAGACAGACGCGAAGAUUGACAUGCUACACCGCGCAGGCGCUUUCAAUGUUUCCCGUCCUGUGAAACAAGAGGAGAGCGGUGGAGAGACCAGUGAGAUGGAAGACGUGGAGACAAGCCUUCGCAUAGACGAAGACGAGUCUCAAUCCUCUGGAGCAUCUCUGUCUGAGUCUGACACUUCUGCCACGUCUUCGCGGAGACGUAAGGCGGGAGGCCAAAGAAAACAAUCAAUAGUCAUCGUGGAACAUGUACCUGACGGUCCUGAAUGCCUCCCACUCCUAUCUGAGGAUGAAGAUGCCGUAACGGAUGAUAUGACCGAACCUGGAGAUGACGAAGAACAGAUCUCGGAAGAGGACGAAGAAGAAGACGAUGAGGAUACCGACAGUAAUGAAGAUGAUGAUGAUGACUGGGUCCCGGAUAUUGACAAGGAACAUAAGCCAAGGAAGUCCGCGAGCUCGUCAAGUUCGAAGUCAACAACCACUGCGGGUAAAGCAUCCUCCUCCAAGAAGACCCUAACAAAGGAAGAUUUCGAUUCAAGCUCUGAGGAUGAGAUAUCAAUGCUACCAAGAUCUCCGAAGAAGGCUGUCGGAAAGGGAGGUUAUACUCCAAAACCGAGGGCAAGAUCCAAGGUCAUCUUAUCUUCGGACGAAGAGGAUAUGACUAUGCCAACUCCACGCCCGGCUAAGAAGAGCACUGGGCUAGAGGGCAAGAUGAAAGAUAUCUCUCUAUCUGACAAUUCUGACGAAGAUGUGGACGAUGGAGCAUCGGAAAUUGGAAAGAAAAAGAAGAGAUCCAGACUACUCAACAAGAAGGCGGUCUUGACGGAGGACCAGAUAGCAAGGAUGUCGUCGGCUGUGGAACACCAGACUGUCGCGGCCAAGCCCGUCAGAAGGGUCACUCGGGGUACAAGAUGA